AGUUCUUCUGUUACAGGAAACCCAAUUCUUGUUUCUGCAUGCAGGUAGCUCUUCGGAUCCGUCCCAUCAACGCAGCUGAGGUGGAGGAAGGAGCAAACAUUAUAGCUCACAGAUUAGGUGACCAGAUGGUGGUUUUGAUGGACCCAAUGGAAGACCCGGAUGACAUUUUGCGAGCUAACAGGUCCCGGGAGAAGGCAUUCAUCUUUGACAUGGUGUUUUGCCACAGGGCAACCCAGGAGGAGGUGUACCUGUCCACAACAAAAAAUCUCGUCGAAGGAGUCAUUUCUGGCUACAACACAACCAUUUUUGCGUAUGGCCCCACAGGUGCUGGGAAAACCUACACUAUGCUGGGGACAGAUUCUGAACCCGGCAUUUAUAUCCGCACCCUCAAUGACCUCUUCCGAGCUAUAGAAGCCACCAGUGGGGACAUGGAUUAUUCCGUCUGCAUGUCGUACCUGGAGAUUUAUAACGAAGUCAUCCGAGACCUUCUGAACCCAUCUUCGGGAUUUCUCGAGCUGAGAGAGGACUCCAAGGGGAGCAUUCAGAUUGCAGGGAUAACGGAAGUCUCCACCACAAACGCACAGGAGAUCAUGCAGCUGUUGACAAAAGGGAACAAGGAACGGACUCAGGAGCCCACGGCAGCGAACAAGACCUCUUCACGCUCCCACGCAGUCCUGCAAGUGCUGGUGAAGCAGACGAGUCGGGUGAAAGGCAUCAACGAGGAAGUGAGGGUGGGGAGGCUUUUCAUGGUGGACCUGGCCGGGUCGGAAAGAGCAGCCCAGACACAGAACCGGGGCAAGCGGAUGAAGGAGGGGGCCCAUAUCAACCGGUCGCUGCUCGCCUUGGGAAACUGCAUCAAUGCGCUGAGUGAGAAGGGGGUCAGUCGGAACCAGUACGUCAAUUUCCGAGACAGCAAACUCACGCGUUUGCUGAAGGACUCACUGGGAGGUAACAGCAGGACGGUGAUGAUUGCUCACGUCAGCCCAGCCAGCACCGCUUUUGAAGAAUCUCGGACCACCUUGAUCUACGCUUAUCGAGCAAAAAACAUCAAAACUCGGGUGAAGCGCAACCUCCUCAACGUCUCGUACCACAUUGCGCAAUACACCAGCAUCAUUUCGGACCUGCGCCGGCAGAUUGAAUGCUUGAAGGCGAAGCUGGAAAAUCAAGAGAGGGAGAAGCGCCUUCUCAGUCCUGCGGUCAAAGAUGUCCAAGGCAGAGGAGAUGGAGCGGAGGCUCCCCACGACCCUGAAGAGUACAGCCGUCAGCAGAUGAACAAGUUGCGGGAACAGCUGGUUGGGGCUUUUAAGGAGCAGAUGGAUAUGAGACGAAGCCUGAUGGAGCUGGAGAAGACAGACUUGGAGCUGCAUGUAGACACCUCCAGGCAUCUGCUAACAAUUGCCGACUGGGAACAAGAAAAGGCCCACCAGACUGACAGGUAUCCCAGCAAGCAGCAGGUGGGCGCGAAAGAUGAGGAAGCCAUGGAGGAGGCAGAGCGAGAAGAAGAUUCGCCAGAGCCUCAUGAAGUCCUGGUAGCCAAGGAGGAGAUCGGCAUGCUCUUAUCUGAGCAGCGGAAAACAGCUGUCUUGAAGGCAGACCUGGAGCAGCGCCUGGCAAAUGCCAAAAAGAAGGUCUUGCAGAUGGAGAAGCUGCUUCCUGAGCAAAUCACCCGUGAGGACCAGAGGGAAGUCCUGAGGCUCCUUUGCAAAGCCCACGAGCUGGAAGUCGGGAAGACAGAGCUGCAGGCCAACGCCUUGUGCAAGGAGACCCUGCUGUGCCAGAAGGACUUUGUCAUCCAGAGCCACCAGCAGAACAGGAGCCUCUGCCGAGAGAUAAUCCAGCAGCAGCAGUCGCUGAUAAGGGACCACAACAUCCCCAUUCCAGAGCCGCUGGGAAAACUGUACCAACUGCAUAUACGUGAGUUGGAGGAAGGGACCCUGGGCCGGCUUCUGGCACUUCACUCACUGAUGUCUGGAGCGCUCCAGGAUGGCUCUGCUCACGAUAAGGCUCAGCAGCUGGACCUAAACAAAGAAGAGAACCAAAAAGGAUUGCUGGAACGCAAGAAAGAUUUUGUUUGGGGGUCAAAAUUUGAGCUACCCCCAAUUGUUGUGGAAUCGGACAGCGACAGCCACAGAUCGUCUAAAAACACCCCGGCCAAAAGGAGCCAUGACUGGAGCCACACCUCUGCUUUGUCUGACUUGCUAAGAACUCCUGUUCGCCAACAGAAGGUGACCUCAGGCAUCCCUUUGCGAAAGGUGACCUCCAAGCUACAGACCCCUCCUUCCCGCGACUCCGGUUGCAAAAAGUCCGACGAGGACAUCUCCAGCAGCUCUCUGAGCCAGGAAGCUUUGAGGGAGAUUGCUGAGGGCACCAGGCGGAUUGCUCUGAUUGCCGCCCGUCGCCGUUCCCGAGCUCAGGACAGAGAUCCCAGUGGGGAGGUCUCUUCUGUCCAUGGUUUUGAGGAAGGGACUCGGGAGCUGCACCCCAGCUCCCCUCCGGAGCACCUCUUGAAGGAUACGGAGAGCGUCCACGACCUCAGCACGGAGUCCCAGAGAGAAAAACGGGCACAGCACAAGGCUCAGAAGGAGCAGCUCUUGGAAUGGAAAGCCGGGAAGAAGAGAUCGCGCUCCCUUGAUCCUACCUCCCCCAGGGCUCCCCAAGUAAAGCACCGGGUUCCCUCCAGCCAUGCAGGUGAUGGCCCAGAUGCCCAGCUGCCCAAAAUCAAGUCACCAGAUGUCGUCAGCCUUCCCCACAUCCUUCCAGCUGCCACAAAAAUCAAAUUCUCUGUUGGCCAAGAAACAGGUAAACUGCCACCCAGUGUGUCUUUCAGCGUUGGUCUAGGCAGCAGGUCUACUCAGAAGUAA